AUGGCUUCGAAUAUUCCUGCGAACGGUAAUGAUGAGAACAAGGUCAAUCUCGCCGUUCAAGGGAAGAGAAAGCGUGAGGCUCUGGGAGAAGUCACGAGAUUUGUGAACAAGAACAAAACCACUAAUGUUCCAGCUAAGGAAGUCAAAGGGAAGAGGAAAGAAGCUGAUCCCGUCAAGGAGGUUAAGGAGAAAUUUGAUGGCGUCGUGAUCAAGUCAAAACCGUCCCUGGUUGCUGCAGCAAGGCAACCGUUGUGCACUGUCUCAGGUUCUACGACACGUCUUGCCACAAGGAGUACAGUUGUGGCACCUCAAGUGCAGAAUCUGGACAAGGUGAAGGAGGAGUCUGGAAAGGUUGCAGAUGAAGAUGCCAUGGCAAUUGAUGACCAUCCAACUACCAAUGCAGCUCCCUCAGCAGAACCUCAGCCACACCGGGUCUCGACAAGACGUUCGGGUUCCAACUCGCCUGCCAACUCGGCCCCCGCAAAGCACGAGGAUGACGUCGAGGACAAUGGUGUCUUCAAGAAGCGGCGCACGUCCUCAGACAUCCCUGACGAAGUGAAACUCUUCGAACAAGAACAGUUACAACAGGAAGCCGAAGAAGCUGCUCUUGAAGCUUACGCAGAUAGUGAACCAGAGGCAGAUCCCUACGGUGACCAAUGGGAUGACCUCGAUGCCGAGGAUGCAGACGACCAUUUGAUGGUUAGCGAGUAUGUGAUUGAGAUCUUUAACUACAUGAAAGAGAUCGAGCUUACCACUAUGCCCAACCCGAACUACAUGGAAAGCCAGAAAGAGCUUGCGUGGAAGAUGCGUGGAAUCCUCACUGACUGGCUGGUCCAAGUCCACGUCCGUUUUCGUCUUUUGCCAGAAACGCUGUUCUUGUGCGUUAACCUUAUCGAUCGAUUCCUUUCCGCACGCGUCGUUUCCCUUGCAAAGUUGGAAGCAAAUACUCUUGGACCUAUCUCGCUCGAAACUGAGAUCCUCCAAGCAGAGUGCUAUGUCUUGAAGACGCUCAACUGGAAUUUGAGUUAUCCCAGCCCAAUGCACUUCUUGAGGCGGAUCAGCAAGGCAGACGAAUAUGACGUGAAGGCUCGCACGAUUGUCAAGUACUUCCUCGAGAUUCAAUGCCUAGAGUGGAGAUUGUUGGCUGCACCUCCAUCAUUGAUAGCUGCUGCUGCUAUUUGGCUUGCCAGGCUGAUUUUGGGUCAGGAUAAGUGGGUGAGUAGACUGACAGGAUGA